AUGGGAAGUCACGAUACACCGCCCUAUUCGGGCCCCAACACGCCAGGAUCACAUACGUCAGGACCUGAGGAAGGCACGGUCGGCAUCGCAACUCCGAACAGCUUCACGGCUACGUCACCACAGCCAGUCAGCAAAGUUCGAGCGCCCUCAUUCCUUAUCCCCGAAAACUUGACGCAGGCAGUCGUGGAACAAAACCCUCAGCUCAAGCGCCUCCAACUAGAUCUCUUGAAUCUCACUAGCUUCAACGACAACUCGACACUUCAUUGGCGCCCAUCUUGGUUCAAACAAGACCCCUUCAACAAGAAAUCCUGGACACUGCACAAUCCGCCCGCGGUAGUGACUGAGAAGAUCCCAAGCACACAUUAUGCAGCAAAAGAGUACUACACUCGCCGUAUGAGACGUUCGGGUGACCGACAGCCACUUUACAUUAAGGAUUGGAGCCAGUGGAGACGUUACUGCGACAUGUAUGGCGUGCCGUACGAUUUUCUAUGUGAAGAGCAGAUUGAACUCAUGCGGCUGGGGCUACCAAAGAAUGCGGACGGAGAGAUAACAUCACCGCCGAUCUCCCCGCUCUACCCAGAACCCCAACCUCUAGGCUGCGGUCGCUACAUUCUGCACCCAGAAACCUACAGCACUCAUCUACCACGCAAGUUCCAUUCAGUCAAUCAUGACGCAGAAGAGCUUGCAAAGGUCGAAGCUGUUAUCGUGCAUUCUGAUGGUGCGCUGAAAGUGGAGCCUAGAGAAAACAUGUUUAUACAUGAUAGCCAGUGGACGCAUUACGAUGGGUACGGUCAAUAUAGGGAUGAUGAGCUCUAUUUCAUGGAUGAUCGUGCGCCGAAGCAGCAGGGGCGAAGUAGGCGGUGGAGUUAUCUGCCGUGGACCAAUGAGCAAGCGGAGAGCUGUAGCCAGGUGGUCAAGUUGAAGGUGAAUUUGAAGAGGAAGUUUGCGAAUGAUUCUGGAGCCCAGAAUGAUGCUGGUGGCGGAAAUGAGGGAACUGAGCGAACAAAGUCACGGAGAAUUCACAGAGGGGUUGGAGAGUUGAAUUGA